CUGGAGCUCAAAUCCUUUUCAUGACCAAAACCCUUUGACCCUUUCAGCAGGACACAAUCUCCAGUUUGAAGCUUCUCUCUGUUUCUUCAAGGGAUUAAAACCACUGCAGGUAAACACUAAGAGAACAGGAACAAGAGGGAAAAGAGAAAUAGAAAUUGUCAUGGCUUCCUCCAGCAGUGUCCUGAGUGAAGAUCAGCUCCAGUGCUCCAUCUGUCUGGAUGUGUUCACUGAUCCAGUCACGACUCCAUGUGGACACAACUUCUGUAAGAUCUGUCUCAAAGAGUACUGGGACAGCAGUUCACACUGUCAGUGUCCGGUGUGUAAAGAGGAAUUCCGUAAACGACUUCAACUACGUGUGAAUACGUUCAUCUCUGAACUUGCUGCUCCAUUUAAGAAGGCAGUUCAGGUGAAAUCCAGCAGCGCUGCAGAAAAACCCACACAAUCUGUGGUGCUCUGUGACGUCUGCUGUGAAAAGAAAUGUGCAGCCGUGAAGUCCUGCCUGAUCUGUAUGGCCUCUUACUGCAAGACUCACCUGGAACCUCAUGAGAGAGUUUCUUCUUUUAUGAAGCACAGACUGAUGGAUCCUGUGGAGAACCUGGAGGACUACAUCUGCCUGAAGCAUGAGAGACCCCUGGAGCUGUUCUGUAGAGACGACCAGACAUGUGUGUGUCAGUUCUGUACUGAGGGAGAACACAAAACUCACAACACUGUUCCUAUAGAGGAGGAGAGUGGAGAGAAGAAGACUGAGCUGGGAAAGACACAAGCGGAAGUUCGGCAGAUGAUCCAGGAGCGAGUGAAGAAGAUUGACGAAGUCAGACACACUGUCAAACUCAAUAAAAAAAACACAGAGAAGGAGAAAGCAGACAGUGUGAAGGUCUUCAGUGCUCUGAUGUGCUGCAUUGAGAGAAGCCAGACUGAGCUGCUUAAGGUGAUGGAGGAGAAGCAGAAAGCAGCAGAGAUGCAGGCUGAAGAGUUCAUUAAAGAGCUGGAGCAGGAAAUCACUGAGCUAAAGAGGAGAAACACUGAGCUGGAGCAGCUCUCACACACUGAGGAUCACCUCCACCUCCUACAGAUUUACCCGUCACUGUGCAGCCCUCCACACACCCAGGACUGGACUGACAUCACAAUUAACCCUCAACUGAGUGAGGAGACUCUGAGGAGAGCUCUGUCUCAGCUUCAGGAAACUCUCAGUGAGGAAAUGGAGAAGGUUGAAGAGAUUAAACUGAAGAGAAUUCAACAGUAUGCAGUGGAUGAGACUCUGGAUCCUGAAACAGCAAAUCCUUAUCUCAUCCUGUCUGAUGAUGGGAAACAAGUUACAUGUGGAGACAAGAGACAGAAUCUCCCUGAUAUCCCAGAGAGGUUUGAUCGUUGUCCCUGUGUGUUGGGAAAUGAGGGAUUCUCCUCAGGGAGAUUUUACUAUGAGGUGCAGGUCAGAGGGAAGACUAAGUGGACUUUAGGAGUGGCCAGAGAGUCCGUUAACAGGAAAGGGAUGUUUACAGCCAGUCCUGAUGAUGGAUACUGGUGUGUGUUUCUGAGGAAUGAGACUGAAUAUAGAGCUUGUGAUUCUCCCUCUGUCCCCCUCUCCUUGAAACAGGCUCCUCAGAAGGUGGGGGUGUUUGUGGAUUAUGAGGAGGGUCUGAUCUCUUUCUAUGAUGUUGAUGCAAAAUCUCAUAUCUACUCUUUCACUGGUCAGAAUUUCACUGAGAAACUUUAUCCAUACUUCUGUCCCUGUGUCAAUGAUGGAGGUAAAAAUUCAGCACCACUGAUCAUCUGCCCUGUUAAUCAAAUCUAAUCUUCGCUUUUAUUACCUCGCCUGGGACGGAUUCCUCCAGGGGGCGAGGUAUCUCAUCUCAUCUCAUUAUCUCUAGCCGCUUUAUCCUGUUCUACAGGGUCGCAGGCAAGCUGGAGCCUAUCCCAGCUGACUACGGGCGAGAGGCGGGGUACACCCCGGACAAGUCGCCAGGUCAUCACAGGGCUGACACAUAGACACAGACAACCAUUCACACCUACGGUCAAUUUAGAGUCACCAGUUAACCUAACCUGCAUGUCUUUGGACUGUGGGGGAAACCGGAGCACCCGGAGGAAACCCACGCGGACACGGGGAGAACAUGCAAACUCCACACAGAAAGGCCCUCGCCGGCCACGGGACUCGAACCCAGGACCUUCUUGCUGUGAGGCGACAGUGCUAACCACUACACCACCGUGCCGCCCUGGGCGAGGUAUCGUUUUUGGUCAUUUCUUUGUUGUUUUGUUUUUUUUGUUCACAAUAUUAUGGGAAAAUGGCUGGAUCAAUCUUAAUGAAACUUUCAGGAUAGAUGGGCAUUGGUCUCAAAUAGAACCUCCAACAUUUUGAGGGUCAUCUGGUCAAGGUCACCAAAAAGGUCAAAAUUGUUUUUGUUGUGUCUACUGCCUCAUAUAGAGGCGCUAGCCACUACGUCAUCGUGCUGUAAGAAUGUGAGUGUAAUAGUCGCGCUCUGCGCAUGCACAUAGUACAUGUUCCUAUUAAGAUGGUCAGUGAGUGUGUACAAUUCGGUUCACCAUUCAGAAAAAAUGGACGAGACUAAAGAAAUCGCUUUCAGACAUCUCAUCUCAUUAUCUCUAGCCGCUUUAUCCUGUUCUACAGG